AUGCAGUUACUACGGUUGGACCUGAAUUUGUUGGCUGCAAGAAGGGUGAUCCUGUAUGUAAUUAAUGAGUUGGUUGCUUUUCCCAAACUUGAAGCGUUGAUCUUCCAGGAUAUGCCCAACUGGGAGGAGUGGUCUUUUUUGGAGGAAGAAGUUGUUGCUGCUGAUGGACUGGGAGAGGAUGGAGCUGCUGAGAUUCGAAAAGAGGAUGCCCAACCUGCAAGGGUGCGACUGCUGCCUCGUUUGUUGGAAUUGCAACUUCUCGGUUGCCCGAAGCUGAGGGAUCUCCCGCGACAGCUUGGAAAGGAUACCGCAUGUUUGAAGGAGCUCAGUUUAAGAGAACUAAACAACCUGAAGGCCGUGGAGGAUCGCCCGGUGCUCUCUGAGGUCCUUGAUAUUGGGUUUUGUGAAGGCCUUGAGAGGAUCUGCAGCCUCCCUCAAGUGACAGAGCUGCGUGUAGGUGGUUGUCCAAACUUAAGCCAUUUAGAGGGAUUGGGCAGUUUGCAGCGGCUGGGGCUGAGCAAGGAUAUGCAAGAGAUCUCUUCCCGCUGGGUGCCUGGGCUUCAGAAGCAGCACCAGCGACUUCAUGGUGAAGACCUGGAUGUCUACACGUGGCGUUAG